AUGAUUGCCGCAGAUUUUCUUUCAAACACUAAACGAGGUGUCCAGGCUAUCGAGCUGUGGAACGAGUGCUUAAUACUACUAAACAACAAAACCUUAGAAAACGAACAUGAACUUGCCAAAAAGGUGCGUAUAACGCUGUAUAAGAAGCUGUUUUAUGGAAAUGCUGCUAUUACGAAACUUUCACCAGCUAUAGAAUCUGGCAAAAAGCUUUUAGUCCUACUUCGUAAUCUUAGGGAAAAAAAAGAAGAAGGUAACACAGCCUUGAUGUUAUCAACACUGUACCUCCAAAAAAGUGAAUACCAGGAAGCACAAGCAGUCCUCAAAAUUGCACUCUGCGUUUACAAAGAAAUCGAAGACAAAGACGGAGAAGCGUCAUGCUACGGAAACCUAGGAAAUGUGUUUCUAUCUGUCGGAGAAUAUGCCAAAGCUGAAGAAUAUUUUCAUAAAGCACUUAACAUCAAGACAGAAAUUGGCAACAGAAAGAGAGAAGCGACAUGCUACGGAAACCUAGGAGCUGUGUUUCUAUCUGUCGGAGAAUAUGCCAAGGCUGAAGAAUAUCUUCAUAAAGCACUUACCAUCAACACAGAAAUUGGCGACAGAAACGGAGAAGCGACAUACUACGGAAACCUAGGAAAUGUGUUUCAAUCUGUCGGAGAAUAUGCCAAGGCUGAAGAAUAUCUUCAUAAAGCACUUACCAUCAAAACAGAAAUUGGCGACAGAAACGGAGAAGCGUCAUGCUACGGAAACCUAGGAACUGUGUUUCUAUCUCUCGGAGAAUAUGCGAAAGCUGAAGAAUAUCUUCAUAAAGCACUUACCAUCAAGACAGAAAUUGGCAACAGAAAGGGAGAAGCGACAUGCUACCGAAACCUAGGAGCUGUGUUUCUAUCUGUCGGAGAAUAUGCCAAGGCUGAAGAAUAUCUUCAUAAAGCACUUACCAUCAACACAGAAAUUGGCGACAGAAACGGAGAAGCGACAUGCUACGGACGCCUAGGAAUUGUGUUUCGAUCUGCCGGAAAAUAUGACAAGGCUGAAGAAUAUCUUUAUAAAGCACUUACCAUCAACACAGAAAUUGGCGACAGAAACGGAGAAGCGACAUGCUACGUAAACCUAGGAAAUGUGUUUCAAUCUGUCGGAGAAUAUGGCAAGGCUGAAGAAUAUCUUUAUAAAGCACUUACCAUCGACACAGAAAUUGGCGACAGAAACGGAGAAGCGACAUGCUACGGAAACCUAGGAGCUGUGUUUCAAUCUGUCGCAGAAUAUGCCAAGGCUGAAGAAUAUGUUCAUAAAGCACUUACCAUCAACACAGAAAUUGGCGACAGAGUGGGAGAAGCGUCAUGCUACGUAAACUUAGGAAAUGUGUUUCAAUCUGUCGGAGAAUAUGCCAAGGCUGAAGAAUAUCUUCAUAAAGCACUUACCAUCAACACAGAAAUUGGCGACAGAAACGGAGAAGCGACAUGCUACGGAAACCUAGGAAAUGUCUUUCUAUCUGUCGGAGAAUAUGGCAAGGCUGAAGAAUAUCUUCAUAAAGCACUUACCAUCAACACAGAAAUUGGCGACAGAAAGGGAGAAGCGUUAUGCUACAUAAACCUAGGAAAUGUGUUUCAAUCUGUCGGAGAAUAUGCCAAGGCUGAAGAAUAUCUUCAUAAAGCACUUACCAUCAACACAGAAAUUGGCGACAGAAACGGAGAAGCGACAUGCUACGGAAACCUAGGAGCUGUGUUUCAAUCUGUCGGAGAAUAUGCCAAGGCUGAAGAAUAUCUUCAUAAAGCACUUACCAUCAACACAGAAAUUGGCGACAGAGUGGGAGAAGCGUUAUGCUACGUAAACCUAGGAAAUGUGUUUCAAUCUGUCGGAGAAUAUGCCAAAGCUGAAGAAUAUCUUCAUAAAGCACUUACCAUCAACACAGAAAUUGGCGACAGAAACGGAGAAGCGUCAUGCUACGUAAACCUAGGAGCUGUGUUUCAAUCUGUCGGAGAAUAUGGCAAGGCUGAAGAAUAUCUUCAUCAAGCACUUACCAUCAACACAGAAAUUGGCGACCGAAACGGAGAAGCGACAUCCUACGGACACCUAGGAAUUGUGUUUCAGUCUGUCGGAGAAUAUGCCAAGGCUGAAGAAUAUCUUCAUAAAGCACUUACCAUCAACACAGAAAUUGGCGACAGAGACGGACAAGCGUCAUGCUACGUAAACCUAGGAAAUGUGUUUGAAUCUGUCGGAGAAUAUGGCAAGGCCGAAGAAUAUCUUCAUAAAGCACUUACCAUCAACACAGAAAUUGGCGACAGAAAGGGAGAAGCGACAUGCUAUGUAAACCUAGGAAAUGUGUUUCAAUCUGUCGGAGAAUAUGGCAAGGCUGAAGAAUAUCUUCAUAAAGCACUUACCAUCAGCACAGAAAUUGGCGACAAAAAGGCAGAAGCGUCAUGCUACGUAAACCUAGGAACUGUGUUUCAAUCUGUCGGAGAAUAUGCCAAGGCUGAAGAAUAUGUUCAUAAAGCACUUACCAUCAACACAGAAAUUGGCGACAAAAACGGAGAAGCGUCAUGCUACGUAAACCUGGGAGCUGUGUUUCAAUCUGUCGGAGAAUAUGCCAAGGCUGAAGAAUAUCUUCAUAAAGCACUUACCAUCAACACAGAAAUUGGCGACAGAAACGGAGAAGCGACAUGCUACGGAAACCUAGGAAAUGUGUUUCAAUCUGUCGGAGAAUAUGCCAAGGCUGAAGAAUAUGUUCAUAAAGCACUUACCAUCAACACAGAAAUUGGCCACAGAAACGGAGAAGCUACCUGCUACGGAAACCUAGGAAAUGUGUUUCAAUCUGUCGGAGAAUAUGCCAAGGCUGAAGAAUAUCUUCAUAAAGCACUUACCAUCAAAACAGAAAUUGGCGACAGAAACGGAGAAGCGUCAUGCUACUUAAACCAAGGAGCUGUGUUUCAAUCUGUCGGAGAGAAUAUGGCAAGGCUGAAGAAUAUCUUCAUAAAGCACUUACCAUCAAGACAGAAAUUGGCGACAGAAAGGGAGAAGCGACAUGCUACGGAAACCUAGGAGCUGUGUUUCAAUCUGUCGGAGAAUAUGGCAAGGCUGAAGAAUAUCUUCAUAAAGCACUUACCAUCUACACAGAAAUUGGCCACAGAAACGGAGAAGCGAAAUGCUACGGAAACCUAGGAGCUCUGUUUGUACGUGUGGGAGAAUAUGGCAAGGCUGAUGAAAAUCUUCAUACAGCACUUACCACCAACACAGAAAUUGGCGACAAAGACGGAGAAGUGUCUCGCUACCUAAAGCUAGGAAACACAUCUCAAGCCUUAUCGGAUCUCUGGUCAAGCAUUAAAAUUUACGAAAAAAUGCUUACUUCUCUAGGAAGCAAAGAUAGCCACAAUAUAUCGUUUUUUGACAAACACGCGUCUCCCUAUCGGCUGUUUUGUUCAUUGAGUUGUUCUUGUGGGAAACACGAUGAAGCUUUACACGCUGCUGAACUUGGACGGGCCAGAGCUCUAGCAGAACUUAUGUCAAAUCGCUACUCCAUUGAAAAAAAAUAUCCAUCAACCCACAAUCGUUUGUUGGCAUCGCGGAAGUAA